AUGGCACAGAAGGAAGAAAUGGCUUCCAUGAAUGUAGCUCUGAAACAGAGUAUCACAAUCCAUGAAGAGUUACCUAAGGAGGAGCUGUUCAAAAACAUUAAGGAAGCAGAAGGAAAGCUCAGUAUGUUUCAAUGCUCAAAACCAAAGAUCCAAAGGGUUCCCUACAUGCUCAGAGAACACAAAAGUUUUGAGAAGUACUAUGAGCCAAGGGCAGUAGCUAUUGGUCCUAUUCAUCAUGAUAAACCAAGGUGCCAGCUAGCUGAGAAGUUCAAGCUUGCACUGGCAGCGAAAUUCAUCGAACAGAGCGGCUGUGGAGCUGAAGUAUUGCACAAGAUCAUUGAGGAUAACAUCAAGACACUAAAGGAAUGCUAUGAUGAGGAAGCAACACGGUUCUACACCGACGAGGCCCUCAUACAAUUGUUAUUUGUAGAUGGAUGUUCGACCUUACAGUUCAUAUACUCCUUCAUGAAUAACGAGUUGGCAAGUUUCAAGAUCAAGAGAGAUCAGGUAGCCUUUGCAGAACAAGAUUUGUUCUUGCUAGAAAACCAACUCCCUUAUGAAGUGCUCAAGCUGUUGAUGAGCCAAAGUGCCAAAAAGGAGGUGUUGAAUGACGCAAUCCAUGAUUUUGUUACAAGGAACAUCUCAAAAAGGAACAAACACAGCAAACACAAAAAAACUCCUCAGCCAGAAGGUACAGUCAUACAUGUGGAAGAGCCCACUCAUCUUCUCCAGCUUCUCCGGACAGAAAUGCUAGGUCCCGAGAAAUCUGAGGCCAAGAAGAACAAAUCUAAACACCUCCGGCAAUCAUUCCGCAACAUACAAGAGCUUAAAGCAGCAGGGAUUCAUUUAAAGCCUAGUAAGACAAACACCUUGAGAGACAUAUCUUUUGAUUCUAGAUGCUUUGCAGGAAUCCUUCAUCUUCCACCAAUAUCUGUAGACGACUCCCUGGGCCCUAAGUUCUUGAAUUUGAUAGCCUAUGAAUUGUGUCCUGAUUUCCAAAAUGACUUUGGGGUCACCUCUUACAUAUGCUUCCUCGAUUCACUGAUAGAUCAUGCAGAAGAUGUUCAACAUCUUAGGUCUGCAGGCGUACUACACAACUUGCUUGGGAGUGAUGAAGAGGUGGCUCAACUUUUCAAUGAGAUAGGUACUGACUUGGUGCCUAACAGUGAAACAUACCGCAACGUCACAUCCAGAUUAGAAAAGCACUACAAAACCAAGUGGAAAACUUGGAUGGCGCAAUUCUGUCACGAUCAUUUCAGUAGUCCCUGGACUAUAAUAGCUUUCCUUGGUGUUUUAGCAGCUCUGGGGUUAAGCGGCAUUCAGACUUGGUACUCGAUCAGUUCUCCCCCCUGUGCCUGCGAUGCUGUAUGCAAGUACUUGAAGAAACAGCUGAAAAUAGAGUGACACAAAACGCGCGCGCAAGUGUGAAAUCAAGUUUGGUUCUUCCUAGCUAAAAUGGUUUCUGCUUUUUCUUACUUGGCUCCUGCUUCUGUUUUUCAUUAGACAGAUACGAAGAUGUGCAUGUAGUUGUUUCUUUGCUUAUCUUUUUGUCAUAAUUUAAUUCAAUAU